AUGGCAAAUAUCUAUUCACAUUUUUUAGCCAGCACAUAUGUUUUGAUUUGGGAAAUAUAUGUUUAUGAAUUGGGCGUGGCUUACGAUGUUGGAGAUUACUUUUCUUUUCACUCACUUUUCCUUUUAUUCUCCUUCUUUACACUUUUUCUCACAUUUUUUACAUUUCUUUUUCGGUCCUUACUCUUUAUUCUUUCUAAAUUGAUUUUAUUUCUACAUAUUCUUUCUUUCUUUCUUUCUUUCUUUCUUUCUUUCUUUCUUUCUUUCUUUCUUUCAAUGUUUUUGUUCUCUAGUCUGUUUCUUAUUAUAUUUCUUUUUUCAGUUUUUCCCAUUUCUUUACUUCUAUUUCUGUGUCUUUUUUUGUCUCUACUCGCUUUUAUUUUCAUUUCAUCUUUUCUUUUCUAUCAUCAUGAUAUUUUUCUUUUUCUUUCUUCUUCUCCUCCUUGCCAUUAUUAUUAUUAUUAUUAUUAUUAUUAUUAUUAUUAUUCAACAACUACAACAACAGCAGCAGCACCAACCAUGUUUUGCUUCAAUUUGUGUGACACUUUCCAACAACAAACUUCCCCACCUAUGGCCAAACCAUUACCCCAAUUUUGGUGGCAUCUGUUGAGACUUCUCCACGGGCAUUUCACCAUUGAACAUGCAUUCCGUGAUUCCAGACCACAACCUCAACCCACACAUCGAAUCACUAAUCUAUCUCGGACUACUCCCUCGAUGUUAUGCAAUAACAUAAAUAUUACAAGUAUUUCAAUUUUUAUCAGCGUGAAAACUAUGGAAUAA